CGAUGGAUAGAGGGAGGAGCAGGAAGUGUCACAGGAAGUAGUUGAUCUAAAAUGGGAGACGAUCGACCUUUCGUCUGCACCGCUCCAGGCUGUGGACAGAGGUUCACCAAUGAGGACCAUUUGGCAGUGCAUAAACAUAAACAUGAGAUGACACUGAAGUUCGGACAAGUCAGAACAGACACCGUUAUCAUAGCAGAUCAGACACCCACUCCCACCCGUUUUCUUAAGAAUUGUGAGGAGGUGGGUUUGUUUAGUGAGCUGGCUGGCUCCUUUGAACAAGAUCUUCGCAGAACACAAGAGGUAGAGGAGAGGAGAAUUAAGGGCAAGCUUCCAGCGCUGCAGACGCCUACUGAGGUCAAAGAGAGGGAAGGGCCUAUUGAGAUAGACAGCAUGACAAACAGCAAAGAUACAGUUGCUAUGGCAAAGGACCCUGUUGCCAUGAGGAAGAUGAAGGAUUUUCCACCAAGGACUGCAGCAAGUUCCACCCCAACACCGACCAUAGUGCGACCAGGCUCACUACCACUUCACCAAGGAUUCGACUCUAUGAACCCGACUCAGCCCUCACCCACCUCUGUUAUCACAAGGACCCCUCCCUCAAACAGACUAAGCUCACCGUCUGGUUCUUUUCCUAUGCUGAUGCAGCUACCAAAUGGUCAGGCUGUUUCACUACUGCCCAGUCCAGGGCAGACUUCGGUCAUAUCACUUGCCAGAUCGUCAAACACAGUGCCCAAUAUCCCAGGGAUUCCAGGCCCUCCUAUUUGUGGAAGCAGCAGUGGCUCCUCCUCUCCGUCUGGAUACAGUACACACUCUGAGGCCAAGACGGUAUCCCCUGCUCCAUCAAAAGGUGGACGCAGACGUCGGGGAGCAGAUAUAGAGCCAGAUGAGCGCAGGCGCCGCUUUCUUGAAAGAAACAGAGCAGCUGCCUCACGUUGUCGACAGAAACGGAAAGUGUGGGUCAGUGCCCUAGAGAAACGCGCUGAAGAGUUAUCCACUUCUAACGUCAACCUCACUGGUGAAGUGUCCCUAUUGAGGACUGAGGUGACAAGACUGAAAGAGCUGCUUUUGGCCCAUAAGGACUGCCCUGUAACUACAAUGCAGAAAAAAGCAUACCUUGCUGCAGGGGUGGAUGAGAAUUCCGUGUCGGCGUUGGUUAUGCCUGUUUCUGUACCGGCGCCAGUGUCUGUUAAUGGUCUGAGUGUACGUGCCGCAGAGGCUGUUGCCGUUUUAGCAGGAAUGGGCACAGGUCAAUGGAGUAACACAGCAAGAGAUGCUUCUUCCCAAUCACAGCCCACAUCCAGAUGAUGAGCAUGUCCUUCAGCUAAUUGGAACAAGACAUACUGUUAGGGCUGGGGCUGAGUAGCAAAACAGCAUUUGCCUGUCAUAGGAUGCCACUCUCAGACUCAGCUGAGGCUGAGUAGCAAAACAGCGUUUGCCUGUCAUAGGAUGCCACUCUCAGACUGCACAGACUUGGAAGCACUGAAGUGAAAGUCUGUUCUUCUGUCUUCUCUAUAAGAUAUACACUUGGAUAUACACUCUCACUAAUGCAUUUAGUUGAUAUUUUGUCUUGUUUGCAGAUCUUUUUUCAUUUGGCAUCUUAUUCAAUUGUUUUUCUAAUAUAAUGAUUAAUUGCACGAUUCUGGCCACAUUAAAAAAAAAACUAUUACUUCACUAUGCUGAAAAGUUUUAACACCUCACUCUUGUUCUUGCUAUCUCACAUACUUGCUCACUGUUUCUUAAAUUUUUUGCAAUGUCAAUGGUGUAGAUUUUGCUUGAAGAUAGAUAUUUGGGGGGGGAUGGAUGAUGCAGCAUGAAGAAUAUCUACAUGGUAUUGUUCAUGGCAUUAAUAUUGGGGGGGUUGCGCUUGCUUGUUUUGAUUUUUGGGGGGUUAAAUCCCCUCUUCUGUGGCUGUUAAUUUGAAGAUCCUGUCUCACUUUUGCGUAACCUGGCACCACAGAAUGGACUCGAGAAAGCUUAAGACUGGAGAUAAAAAUAUAUUUUUAUAUUCAAUAUCGUUCUCAGUUUAUCUGCAUUUUGCAAUCUAUAUAUGGAUGUAACGGGUUGCGUAACCACGUGGAUGUGUUUUAGAUCAGUAUGAUUAUGAUAUGCUCUGCUGAAGUAUAGUUAUGUUUAACCAAAAUACAUAAAUCCUUUUAUGUUAGAGGUUAGACCCCAAAGUUUAAGUGUUUCUGGUCUGAUAGGAGGGAACGCACACAAACACUCUCGUGCGUAAUGACUGUUGUGCUUGCAUUUUGUGAAUGUUUAGUAGUUAACUAAUGAAUGUGGCAUCCCAUUUCAAAGUGUUUGAAAAUGCUUUUAAGCAACAUUGGGUAAGGCAUUAUACAAAUGAAAAAUUAUUAUUAUUACUUUUUUGGGUCUGAAAGACUCUUGGCACACCUGAGUGAAUUUAAUCUCUUGCACAUAACUAAACCAUAACUUAAGUUGUAGCCAUUAAACGGUUUACAGAUAGUCUUGUGUAUUAGCGGAGUAAACCUGACUGCAGAAUAAACCCUACCCAUCAAAUGCUUGUAAAUCAUAUAAUCUGUAUUAGUUUAAGCCUGCCUUUUAACCUUACCUCUUUAAACUCGUUCUUUUUUUUUUUUUUUUUAAUCCAACUUUCAAUAUUUGAUUUUGGUCUAAACAUCUUUAUUCCUCUCAUGAUGUGUUUUGUUUGAAUGGUGUGUCGACUAUCUAGGUUUUAUUAUCCAGCCUGUCAAAUCAGUUUCUGUCAUUGCCUCUGGAUUUAUCAUGUUUGGAUGUUGAACGUUCUGCCUUUCACAAUGUGUAUACUGUAACUCCCUUAUCCCAGAUUGUGUAAUGUGACAGUAAAGCCCUUAAACUAGAGCUGUAAAUAUGAAAUGAGUGUCAGCAUACAAACAUUGCUUACCUGUAUGAUGAUAUUGACUAAUUGAAAUGUUAUAAUUAAACGUUAAUGGAUCUCUAGACUUUUGUACAUGUAAUGAUAUGGAUUGUGCUGUUUUUGUGCAAGUUUUAAAAGAAAUUAUUUGAUUUUGAAAGUGUUUUAUCCUUUGUGUAUAGAGAAGUGGUACAAUUGUACUCAUUCUUGUGUAAACAACUGGGCUGUGCUUAUGGAAAAGCUUGGAUGAAGCACAUAAGCAUUGUGUUUUGUGUCAGUGUGGGCAAUAUAUUAUAAACAUGCUA